AUUGUUUUGUUUGUCCAUCUCUAGUAGCUGAGUUCCUCACGUAAAAGAUUGUAGGUUUUUAACUAUCUGUGCAGAAAUUUCAAGUGCCAGCCCCCUAAUAAAUAGUGAACGUUAAACCUUUAAGCUGCUGUCUGGAUUGCUGAGCUGUCCGAAAUGGGUUCAUUGUUUCGUAGUGAGGAGAUGGCUCUCUGCCAGCUCUUCCUACAGAGCGAGGCGGCCUAUGCCUGUGUCUCCGAGCUUGGCGAACUGGGAUUGGUUCAGUUCCGUGAUCUUAAUCCGGAUGUGAAUGCAUUUCAACGCAAAUUCGUUAACGAGGUGCGACGUUGUGAUGAAAUGGAACGAAAGUUGCGAUACCUCGAGAAGGAGAUCAAGAAGGAUGGCAUUCCCAUGCUGGAUACGGGCGAGAGUCCUGAGGCUCCUCAACCUCGUGAAAUGAUCGAUUUGGAGGCUACCUUUGAGAAACUUGAGAACGAGCUGAGGGAAGUCAACCAGAAUGCAGAGGCGCUUAAACGCAAUUUCCUGGAGUUGACCGAACUGAAGCAUAUAUUGCGCAAGACGCAAGUCUUCUUCGAUGAGUCGGUGCCAGCGGUUUACAAAUCGAGCACGUCCCAUUCAUCAAACAAAUAUCGACGCUAUCUGCAGAUGGCCGACAACCAGAACGAGGAUGAGCAAGCGCAGCUGUUGGGCGAGGAGGGCGUUCGCGCCAGCCAGCCGGGCCAAAAUUUGAAGCUUGGCUUCGUCGCUGGCGUCAUUUCACGUGAGAAGCUGCCGGCCUUUGAGCGAAUGCUGUGGCGCGCCUGUCGAGGCAACGUCUUUCUGCGUCAGGCUAUGAUUGAAUCACCUUUGGAGGAUCCCACCAAUGGCGAUCAAGUCUACAAAUCGGUGUUCAUCAUCUUCUUCCAAGGUGAUCAGCUCAAGACUCGCGUCAAGAAGAUCUGCGAAGGCUUCCGUGCCACGCUCUAUCCAUGCCCCGAAGCGCCAGCCGAUCGUCGUGAGAUGGCCAUGGGUGUGAUGACGCGCAUUGAGGAUCUAAACACUGUGCUUGGACAGACACAGGAUCAUCGUCAUCGUGUUCUGGUCGCUGCCGCGAAGAAUCUGAAGAACUGGUUCGUCAAGGUGCGCAAAAUCAAGGCCAUCUAUCAUACGCUGAAUCUCUUCAAUCUGGAUGUGACCCAGAAGUGUCUGAUUGCCGAGUGUUGGGUGCCCUUGUUGGACAUUGAGACCAUCCAGCUGGCACUGCGUCGGGGUACAGAACGUUCAGGUUCCUCGGUGCCACCAAUUCUCAAUCGUAUGCAAACGUUUGAGAAUCCUCCGACUUACAAUCGGACCAACAAGUUCACCAAAGCCUUUCAGGCACUCAUCGAUGCCUAUGGCGUGGCUAGCUACAGGGAAAUGAAUCCGGCUCCUUACACGAUCAUCACGUUUCCGUUUUUGUUUGCUGUGAUGUUCGGCGACAUUGGACAUGGUGCUAUUAUGGCGCUCUUUGGUCUGUGGAUGAUACGCAAGGAAAAGGGUUUGGCUGCCCAGAAGACGGACAAUGAGAUUUGGAACAUUUUCUUUGGCGGACGUUAUAUCAUCUUCCUGAUGGGCGUCUUUUCCAUGUAUACGGGUCUGAUCUACAACGAUAUCUUUUCGAAGUCGCUCAACAUAUUUGGUUCGCAUUGGCAUGUAUCGUACAACAAGUCGACUGUGUGGAACAACAAGAUGCUGCAGUUGAGUCCGGCAACAAGCGACUACGAAGGCACUCCGUAUCCGUUUGGCAUGGAUCCCAUUUGGCAGGUGGCCACCUCGAAUAAGAUUGUCUUUCAGAAUGCCUACAAAAUGAAGAUCUCCAUCAUAUUUGGCGUCUUGCACAUGAUCUUUGGCGUUGUCAUGAGCUGGCACAAUCACACAUACUUCCGGAACCGUUUGUCGCUGAUCUACGAGUUUAUUCCACAGUUGGUCUUCUUGCUGCUGCUCUUCUUCUACAUGGUGCUGUUGAUGUUUAUCAAAUGGAAUCGUUAUGCGGCUACCAACAAAAUGCCAUAUACCGAGUCUUGUGCUCCUUCGAUUCUCAUUACGUUCAUUGACAUGGUGUUGUUCAAUACUCCAAAGACACCAGCACAGGGAUGUGAAGUCUACAUGUUCUGGGGACAGCAUUUCAUACAGGUUGUCUUUGUGCUCAUCGCACUUGGCUGCAUUCCCGUCAUGCUGCUGGGCAAACCCAUCAAGAUUAUGCAGGCUCGCAAGCUGGCCAACGUGCAGCCCAUAACUGGUGCCGAUGCUGAGGUGGGCGGAAUGUCCAAUGGCGGAGGAGGCGGUGGCCAUGGCGGCGCCGGACAUCAUGACGAGGAGGAGAUGUCCGAGAUAUUCAUACAUCAGGGCAUUCACACCAUUGAGUAUGUGCUCGGUUCGGUUUCGCAUACUGCAUCCUAUUUGCGUCUCUGGGCUCUAUCGCUUGCCCAUGCCCAACUUGCCGAGGUCUUGUGGACAAUGGUCUUGUCCAUUGGCCUGAACAAAGAAGGCUGGUAUGGCGGAGUCUUCGUCACCGUCGUCUUUGCCUUCUGGGCCAUUCUCACCGUUGGCAUUUUGGUCUUGAUGGAGGGAUUAUCAGCCUUCCUGCACACGCUGCGUCUGCAUUGGGUCGAAUUCCAGAGCAAAUUCUAUUUGGGUCAAGGAUAUGCUUUCCAGCCCUUCUCCUUUGACAGCAUCAUUGAAAACGGCGGCUCUGCUUCCGGGGAUGCCGAAUAAAUAAAUAGUUGACUCAGCAGCAGUUAAACAACAACCAAAGCAUGUCAAGGAGUCUCAUUGCUUAUGCAGAAGAUUAUAAAGAAAAUUAUAAAGGAAUUUAAAAUAUGCUUAGUAAUUGUCGUUCUAUAUUAAUGUUUAAUUAACGUGAAUUUAUAUAUAUAUAACGUAUAGCCACAUUUAUAAUAUCGUCGUCUAAUGUUCAUGUAAUCGUGUUUACUCAAAAUAUAUACACAUAUAGCUUAGCCUAGGCGUCCACUUCGGAUGUCGAGGGCGAAAAACAAA